ACAAUGGAGCAGACAAGCUGGAAGUAGAGAGCUGGGAUCAGAGCAUGAAGACGAGCUCUGCAUGCUCAUCAAGAAGUUUCCGGGUUUCGGGUUGAGACGUGAGGUGAAGAUGAGAGAGACGCCUGGAAGCAGAGCACAUCAUGCAGAACCAGAACCUGACCAGAACCGACCCAAAGUGCUCUGCUGGGACAACAUCUCCUCUUCCCAUCCGUCUGCAGGCGCCGCUUCCUGUCAGGGCUUCUUAAAGGGACGGUACCACCCUCUGCUGAAGCCUCCGAGGCGCAGCUCCUCCUCAGAGUUUCGACUCUGUGACUACUGGAGCUUUGGUCCGACACCAUCAGUCACCUGGACCGGACCGCAGGACGACCGGACCGCAGGACGACCGGGCCUCAGGACGACCGGGCCGCAGGACGACCGGGCCGCAGGACGACCAGACCGGGCCGCAGGACGACCAGACCGCAGGACGACCGGACCGCAGGACGACCGGACCGCAGGACGACCGGACCGCAGGACGACCGGGCCGCAGGACGACCGGGCCGCAGGACGACCGGGCCGCAGGACGACCGGACCGCAGGACAACCGGGCCGGGCUGCAGGACGACCGGGCCGCAGGACGACCGGACCGCAGGAUGACCGGGCCGCAGGACGACCGGACCGCAGGACGACCGGACCGCAGGACGACCGGGCCGCAGGAUGACCGGACCGGGCCGCAGGAUGACCGGACCGGGCCGCAGGACGACCGGACCGGGCCGCAGGACGACCGGGCCGCAGGACGACCGGGCCGCAGGACGACCGGGCCGCAGGACGACCGGGCCGCAGGACGACCGGGCCGGGCCGCAGGAUGA